AAAGAGGAAAAGUAAAUAAAUGAUAGUUCUCUCUUCUUCCUUGUUUCUUUUCAUUCAAUUUUAAAAAAAGACAUGGUCGAUUGAGUAAAGGACUAUUUUGAUUUUAUAAAGGAAUUUUCACAAUAACCCCAAUUUUAGUGUUAUUACCCAAACCAAGCGUUUUUGUAUUGUGCUAAAUCUCGAACAAAAUGUGGUCGAUGACAGCGUGAAAACGGGUGCUACAACUGACAAACGCAAGAAUCAACUGCUGCAACAUAAAAAAAAUAGGAAAUUAAUCCAACAAAUUAUGUUAUUGUAAAUAAUAAAUCUAAUCUACUGUGAUCUCUUAGUAUUGAUAGUGAAUUUUUACACAGUCAUAUGUAAAAAGGCAUUAGUGCAAUCAUUUUUUUUUCUCAUUGUACGUAUGAUAUUGAGACACGAUGAGCUCUAUUAGUGCAACCAGUGUCAAGACACAGAUGCCGUUGAAGCAAAAAGACUUUGAUCUGAUAUGGGGUGAUCUACAGGAAGGCAUUGAAAAAGUAUACAAGAGACAGUAUAUGAGCAAAGAACGUUACAUGGGAUUAUAUACUCACGUAUACAACUACUGUACGUCUGUACAUCAUCAGAGCUCCACCGGCUCCACGUCCAGUGGUCGGAACAGCGCCAACAACGGUGGCCGAUUCGGAGGCAGCAACUAUGGGAAGAAACAGAGUGGCCAGGUGCAGGGCGGCGCUCAACUCGUCGGCUUGGAGCUGUACCAGAGGCUUCGUGAAUUUCUCCGAAUUUAUCUCAUUAAUCUGCUACAGAAUGGCGCAGACCUGAUGGGUGAGGACGUACUCGCCUUUUACACGAAGCAAUGGGAGGAAUACCAGUUCUCGUCCAGGGUGCUGAACGGGGUGUGCGCCUAUUUGAACAGGCAUUGGGUGAAGCGCGAGUGCGAAGAGGGCCGUAAGGGAAGAUACGAGAUCUACCAGCUGGCAUUGGUAACAUGGCGCGACAAUCUAUUCCAACGGCUCAACAAGCAAGUGACUAAUGCUGUACUGAAACUGAUCGAGAGAGAGCGCAACGGAGAGACAAUCAACACCAGACUUGUAUCUGGGGUAAUCAACUGUUAUGUAGCGCUAGGCCUCAACGAAGAGGACCCGAGCGCACGAGGGCAGAAUCUCGCGGUGUACAAAGACACGUUCGAAGCGGUAUUCCUUGAGGACACCGAACGAUUCUAUACCAGGGAGAGCACAGAUUUCCUCAGAAACAACCCUGUUACCGAAUAUAUGAUUAAAGCCGAACAGCGGCUGCAGGAAGAACAGCGACGGGUGCAGGUGUACCUGCACGAGACGACCAUGGAGCGGCUCGCCAAGACCUGCGAUCGCGUUCUCAUUGAGAAACAUCUUGAGAUAUUCCACGCUGAGUUCCAGAAACUGUUGGACGGCGAAAAGAACGCCGAUCUGGGCCGCAUGUACAGCCUUGUGGCGCGGAUCCCGGACGGGCUGUGCGAGCUGCGGCGGCUGCUCGAGCAGCACAUACACGUGCAGGGGCUGCAGGCCAUCGACAAGUGCGGCGAGUGCGCGCACACGGAUCCAAAAGUAUACGUAUCGACAAUUCUGGAAGUUCACAAGAAGUACAACGCCCUCGUGCUGAUCGCGUUCAACAAUGACUCCGGCUUUGUGGCGGCACUCGAUAAGGCUUGUGGAAGAUUUAUCAACAGCAAUGCAGUAACCAAAGCAGCCAACUCCUCGUCCAAGAGUCCAGAAUUGCUUGCCAAAUAUUGCGACUUACUGCUGAAGAAAUCUAGCAAGAACCCAGAGGAGGCCGAGCUGGAAGACACGCUCAACCAAGUGAUGGUUGUGUUUAAAUACAUAGAAGACAAGGAUGUAUUCCAGAAGUUCUACAGUAAGAUGUUGGCGAAACGGCUCGUCCAACACAUGUCGGCCAGUGACGAUGCAGAGGCUUCAAUGAUCUCAAAAUUAAAGCAAGCUUGCGGAUUCGAGUAUACUAGCAAACUACAGAGGAUGUUCCAGGAUAUCGGAGUGUCAAAGGACCUGAACGAGAGUUUCCGCAAACACAUGGCCAAGAGCUCGGAGCAGCCGCUGCACAUCGACUUCAGCAUCCAGGUGCUCUCGUCCGGCUCGUGGCCGUUCCAGCAGUCGUCCUCCUUCCAGCUGCCCACAGAGUUGGAGCGGUCAGUGCACAGGUUCACGUCAUUCUACUCGUCGCAGCACAGCGGCCGCAAGCUCAACUGGCUCUACAACAUGAGCAAGGGCGAGCUGGUCACCAACUGUUUCAAGAACAGGUACACGCUGCAAGCGAGCACGUUCCAAAUGGCGGUACUACUGCAGUACAACGACAACACCGCCUGGACCGUCCGCCAGCUUGAACAUCACACGGGCAUCAAGGGAGACUUCCUUCUGCAAGUAUUGCAAAUACUUCUGAAAGCGAAGCUGCUGGUGUGCCAAGACGACGAGUCGGAACUCACGGAAUCAUCUGUUGUGGAACUGUACUUAAAUUAUAAAAACAAAAAGCUUCGCGUGAACAUCAACAUACCUCUGAAGACCGAGCUGAAGGUGGAACAGGAGGCGACACACAAGCACAUCGAGGAAGACAGGAAGAUGCUAAUACAGGCUGCUAUAGUGAGGAUAAUGAAGACCCGGAAGACCCUGAAGCACCAGCAUCUAGUGGUCGAGGUCCUCCACCAAUUAUCCUCGCGGUUCAAGCCACGAGUCCCUGUCAUUAAGAAAUGUAUCGACAUCUUAAUAGAGAAAGAAUACCUGGAACGCACCGAGGGAGAGAAGGACACAUACAGCUAUCUGGCGUGAUUGCGCUCGUCCGUACACUACAUAAUUAUAUAAUAAAUAAAAUAUAACAAUAUUAUUAA